AUGCAGGCACUACGAUCAGCACCGAGAGCGGCGUCUCAAUUCCGGUCAACCGGUCUACCCAGACUCCUAAGGGGAUAUGCCACGCAGAGGUCAUUCGAGCAUCUGCUUGUGUCCGAGGCUAAGCCUGGCGUUGGCUUGAUCCAAAUCAAUCGCCCCAAGGCCCUCAAUGCCCUCUCCACCCCACUCAUCCUCGAGAUCAACCAAGCCCUCCGCGACUUCCAAUCCGAAAAGUCCAUCGGCGCCAUCGUCCUCACCGGCUCCGAAAAAGCCUUUGCAGCAGGUGCCGACAUCAAAGAAAUGAAGGACCUCACUUUCAGCGACGCAUACGGUAAAGACUUUAUAGAAUCCUGGUCCGACCUCGUCACCUUCCUCAAGAAGCCUCUGAUCACGGCUGUGAACGGAUAUGCGCUGGGUGGAGGCUGCGAACUCGCCAUGAUGGGCGACAUCAUGUACGCAGGCCCCAAAGCCGUCUUUGGACAACCCGAGAUCAAACUAGGCGUCAUACCCGGUGCGGGUGGCUCACAGCGUCUGACCAAGGCGAUUGGAAAGUCGAGGGCUAUGGAGGUCAUUCUUACCGGCGACAACAUUACUGCGCAGCAGGCUAGCGAGUGGGGGCUUGUUAGCAAGGUGUUUAAGACGCCCGAGGAGUGUGUGAACGGUGCUAUUGCGACGGCGGAGAAGAUUGCGGGGUAUAGCCAGAUUGCUGUCAAGGCGGCCAAGGAAGUCGUGAACAAGAGUCAGGAGCUGGGUAUUCGAGAGGGUGUCGAAACAUCACCCACCAUGGACACGACACCGCCAUGGCUACGCGACGCCCUCAGAUUCGCUCUGACAGCGACUGCGUCAACCGAAACCCCGUGGUUCGCUCACGACUAUGACGCCUUCAAAGCGGCUGGCGGCGGCGACCUUACCGAUCCUGAUGACCCGGGCAAAGACCCGCGGUUCCGCAAACUGGUCGAGGCCAUAUUGUUCAGUCGGAGGUUUCUGAAUACGUAUAAUCUGGUGUUGCUGGGUGUAUUGGGAGUGUUUACCGUGUGGCAUUGGGGGGAGAAGGUUGUAUUGCACAGGCGGAAGAGGCAACGGAUAGCGAAGCAAGCUGAUGGGGCCGCGCACGAAGAAGAUGAAGUUUGGAGUAGCUCGAGCAGUACGAUUGAAGGGAACGCGACACCCCCGGAUACCACCACCACCGCGAAGAAAUUAAAUUCCGCCCAUGCCGAUGAAUUAAGCCCUCUCCUUCCCGUCCCCGAGCGAUCGCGACCGCAACGAAGGAAACUUGGAGUAUGGACUCCAUACUACUUUGUCAAGUCUCUCCUCCAAUACCAACCCCCGCGCAUCCCCAUCGUCAACAAGACCCUCCCUACAAACGCCGUCUCUUUACUUGUCGUCGCUUGGAUAGCCCUCAACAUCUUCUACAACUUGUACCGCAUGCCACUCUCCUUCAUGUACCUCUUCGUCUUUGCCGACCGCUGCGGAAUCAUCUUCAUCGCGAACCUUCCGCUCCUCUACCUCCUCGCCGCCAAAAACCAGCCGAUAAAACGGUUGACGGGCUAUUCGUACGAGAGUCUGAAUAUCUUCCAUAGAAGAGUAGGGGAGCUGGUGUGUUUGGAAGCGUUUCUGCACUUUCUCGGCAUGGUGGCGGUAUGGUAUGGCAUGCUGCGCCAUUUGGGUUUCACGCUGGCGAAAUUCCUGUUCAACCGGGUUGUGCUGUUGGGUUUGGCAGCGCUGGUCGCGUAUGAGGUGAUUUACUUUACGAGUCUGGGCAGCUUCAGGAAGAGGUGGUACGAGGUGUUUUUGGGUCUGCACAUUGUGCUUCAAGUUGCUGGCCUGAUUUUCCUAUGGUUCCAUCAUCAUACUUCGCGGCCGUACGUGGGCGUGUCCCUUGCCAUUUGGAUUGUCGACCGCGUGGUUUAUCGCAUGUGGUUGAAAUCUAGCACGCAUGCUGCUACGCUCACGGUCCUUGAAGACGACGAAACACUCCUCUUAUCCGCAAACUGGCAAGUCGAUAUCAAGAAUAAGAUAGCCGGGGUCCUGGGCAACAGCAACAUGAAGCAAGGCUGGAAACCAAACGAACACAUCUUCAUCUCCGUACCGAGUCUCUCCCGCAAACACGCUAUCCAAUCUCACCCUUUUACCAUCUUUUCCGCCGCGCCAACACAAACUCCAACGUCAACGCAAGAGGACCAGGUAGGAAAACAUGCUUGGUUCUCCCUUCUAAUCCGCCCACAGGGCCCAUCAGGCUUCACACACACCCUCCUUCAGCACGCACGACAAUCCCAGCCCUCAACCCAACACCUGCGUAUCCGCCUCGAUGGACCCUACGGCUCGUCCCACGCCCUCGAUCUCCUGGAAUCCUCUUCAACAGCUAUACUGGUAGCAGGCGGGUCCGGCAUAGCAGUUGCAUACCCCCUCCUCUACGCCCUCUUACAGCCCUCUUCUUCUUCAUCACAUGACCCCGAGACGACGACUUCGUCAUCAAAGACUAUGAGAAAAGUAAAGUUGCUGUGGAUAACACAUUCGCCUGACCAUAGACUUUGGAUUCCGGAAGAUAAGCUGAAGGAAUUGGAGGAUUGGGGCGCUGAUGUGGUUAUUUCGCCGCCGACGAGUUUGGCGGGGAGGCCGGAUGUUGGUGGUAUUGUAAGGGAGUGGGUGGAAGAGGAGGGGGGUGCGAGGAGUGGGGUUGUGGUUAGUGGGCCGGAUGGGUUGGUGAGGGAUGUGAGGAAUACGUGUGCGGGGUUGGUUUGGAAGGGUAGGGAUGUUGAUGUUCAGGUGGAGAAGUUUGGGUGGUGA